AGCAGUACUGUCAAGCGUCAAAUCAUUAGAUUAUAAUUACAACAUACUAAAUGUGAGGGUCUACAUGUCUGGCCUGUGUUACAUCCCCAUUGGCUGAGCCUACAAAAUGCCUUUCUCUUUUUAAUUAACCUUUUUCUUUUUUUUUUUUCUAAAAUUUUUAUUCACUUUCUUUUUUCUUUUUUCACUCAUUUGCAUUAAAACACUACCAUCAGCCAUGAAACACAAAUCGAGGAAGAGCUGAAGAGAGAAAAAAAAAAAACAAAAGUAAAUAGAAAAUGGAGAGACAGAGAGAUUGGCUGGUGAGCCUGGUGAUAUAUAUUUGCUAUUAUUCUGUUUUUUUGCUGUUAUGGUCCAAGGUAUUCCUUUCAUCGAGUGGCUCACUUUUUUCUCUUAUUAAUGUUAUCUUUUUCUGCUAAGUGCUCUGGUUUCAGUGAUAGAAAAUUGGGUUUCUUUCAGAUUUGAUUGUAAGGGUUGUUUGUGGUGAAUAACUGUGGUGGCAUCUCUUUUUUUUUUUUUGGCACUCUGUUUUCCUCUGCUUUUGGAGCUACUUUGAUAGCAGAGCAGUGAUAGUACUUGAGUUUCAAGCCUACCAAAGUCUUGGGAUUCAACUUUGAGGUACUCAAGAUAGAUCCGCAAAAAAGUAGCUGAUAUUUCUGGGUAAACACUUUGUUAGAUCACAUGAAGCUUUCCAUGAAAAAUUUUUCCAGAGCUAAUUUCUUGGGAAACAAACAGAUUCUUUGAUUCUGUUUUUCUUAGUGGGUCUUUUUAGGAUUUUGAUAUUCAAUCUUGAUCUGAUUGAAAACCCGACAAAAGUACUUAUUACUGAAUUGGGGUUUUUGAAUCCUUUGUGUCUCAAGUACUUUUUGAAGGAGAAUUGAAAGGGAAAUGGAGUCAGAUCUUCAACAGCAGCAUCACCAUCUUCUGGAUUAUAAUCAACCUCAACACCAUCAAAGACAGAUGAACUCUGGCUUGAUGAGGUUCCAAUCUGCACCUAGUUCGUAUUUUUCAAACAUCUUGGACAAAGAUUUCUGCCAAGAGUUUCUAAAUCGGCCACCAAGUCCAGAAACAGAACGAAUUAUUGUUCGAUUUUUAUCGAGUAGUGGGGAUGCUGGUGGUGUUGUUGGUGGUAAUACGGUGAACAUUUCAGACCAGAAUCCUUGCGCAAUAAUGCAGAAUUCACCCGUUAGAGAAACGGCUGUAAAAAUUGAGCAGCAAACGCAGAUUAUGACUCCAAUAAAUAAUCAAACAGGGGUUAUGCAGCAGCAACAACAGCAGCAAGGGAACUAUUCCUCUGCUUCACAGAAUUUUUACCAAAUGCAACCUCAACAGCAUUUGCCCAAUCAGCAAUCAGGUUCAACUAUGGAUUACAGAAUUCCAAAUUCAACGGGGAUGGCGCGACCAACACGAGUGAAGAUGGGCGGCUGCAAUAAUUCCAAUCUUAUUCGACACAGCAGCUCACCUGCAGGGUUAUUCGCCAAUAUAGACAUUGAAAAUAGCGUGGUGGAGACAAAACAGAAAAGAUAUCUGUUUCACGUUGCAGGCUAUGGGGUGAUGAGAGGAAUGGGAGAUUACGGAAGUGCUAAUAGCAGUAACAGGGAAACAGCAUUUCCUCCUGCAAGCAGGCCUCCACCUGGGCUGAUGAGUCCAAUUGCCGAGAUGGGGAACAAAAGCAUGAGUCCAAAUAGCUCAGAAAAUACUGGAUUUGGUGACAACCGUCGAAACAAUUAUUCCUCAGGGUUUCCAGUUACUUCUUGGGACGAUCCCGUGAUGAUUUCUGAUAACAUGUCAGGCGUAAAAAGACUCGGAGAAGAUGAUAGAUCACUUUCUGGCUUGGACUUUGACGGAGCAGAAACUCUGAACACAGACACCGGAAACCAUCCACCGCCGCUUUUGGCUCAUCACCUUAGUUUACCAAAGAGCUCACCAGAUAUGUCUGCCAUUGAGAAGUUCUUCAAGUUUCAGGAUUCUGUACCUCGUAAGAUUCGGGCCAAGAGAGGCUGUGCCACUCACCCUAGAAGCAUUGCUGAGAGGUUUGUUUCUAUUCAGGUGAGAAGAACCAAAAUAAGUGAACGCAUGAGGAAACUACAAGACCUUGUUCCAAACAUGGAUAAGCAAACAAACACUGCCGACAUGCUAGAUUUGGCUGUUGAUUAUAUCAAAGACCUCCAAAAACAGGUCAAGUCACUCUCGGAUAAUCGUGCAAAGUGUUCGUGUGCUAACAGGCAGCAGCAAUAAGAGCUGACAAAAAUAGGUCUGGUUGUUGUGACUUGAUUCUUUUGAGUAGAAGAACCGUUAGAAUACGCAACAAGCAGAUAAGAAAGCUACUUUUGCACACAAAAACAAGAAAAAUGUUAGGCAUUUAUUAUUAUCUGGGUUUGAACUUUAAAGAGAAAAAAAAAAAAAAAGGGCUUCUAAAAGCUAAAGGAAAAACCCAGACCUAUUGAUAUGCUAUAAUAGAAACGCAUCCAGCUGUACAGUAACAAAUGAUUUUAUGUUGUAAUGAUUUUUCUUUCUCACAUUAAUGUCAUAAAAUGCCGUGCA